AAAGUUCCCAGCGAGGCAUUCGAAAACCCGCCCUCAUCUCUUGCGGUUUCGAGUCUCGCUCCUCGCUCGGCGAUGUGGGGGAGCGCGGACGGCGGCGCUCCGGAGGUCACCUUGGAGACCUCCAUGGGGCCCUUGACCGUCGAGAUGUACUACAAGCACACACCGAAAACUUGCAGGAACUUCGUGGAGCUCUCCAGGAGAGGUUACUACGAUGACGUCAAGUUCCACAGGAUUAUUAAGGAUUUCAUCGUGCAAGGUGGAGAUCCGACGGGGACUGGGAGAGGUGGUGAAUCCAUCUAUGGUCCUAAGUUUGAGGAUGAGAUCAGGCCUGAACUGAAGCAUACAGGAGCGGGCAUACUAUCGAUGGCAAAUGCUGGUCCUAAUACCAAUGGGAGCCAGUUCUUUAUUACUUUAGCACCAUGUCAAUCAUUGGAUGGAAAACACACCAUUUUUGGAAGAGUUUGCAGCGGGAUGGAGGUUAUUAAACGUCUUGGAAGUGUGCAAACUGACAACAAUGAUAGGCCGAUACACGAUGUGAAGAUACUGCGAACAAUAGUCAAGGAUUGAAAUGCUAGUCACAAUUAAAGACCUACUCAGGUACAAAUUUGAUUGUGUGGCAGUACAAGCCAAAAACUUCCACUCUGCUGUUUGAGAAAAGAGCAAGCUAAGAUGUGUAAGAAUCUUGUGUUAGUUGUGUCAAGAAACAAUUAAGUAUGUCGGAUGUUAUGAUUUGGUAACCAUUGGACUUGCAUAUUCUGUUGGAUGGGCUUGAUCUUGCUUUUCAGUAAAACAGGUGUUAGCAAGAACCAGUGGUUUGUCUAUGUUUGUUUUCAUCAGAGAGGAGCGUUACAGGUAAAAACAUUAAAUCCUUUUGAGACU